AAGUACUAUGUUUUGUCCUAGUUACCCGACCCGGAGUGAUGUGUGGUGGAGAGAGGGAGAAAGAUCGAACAACGUCCGUCCUGGUCCCUCUAUUAUUAGAAGAUUAGAAGUUGUUUGUUAAGUGGGUCCGUCCGUCCGUCGUCCAUUUGAGAAUAUUAUUGUUUGUCUAUUGGUCGCCGCUCACGAACCCUAGAUUCAUUCAUUCUUAAAUUGAAUUUGAAUUUGAAUUUGAAUUUGAAUUGAAUCUCCCUGAAAUCAAUCUCCUCUUUCUUCUCUCAUCCAGGCUGAAAUGAUCUUCUUCUCUGCCAAAUCAAAUAUUAUAUUAUACAUUUCCCGAAAUGCAAUUAGCUUCAAACACUGACAACCAAGAUUCUUCUUCUUCUUCUUCAGAAACCCAACCCAUAUUGAAGAAUCACCUCUGUGAAAUUAUUCCUAUUCCUGCCAACGACGAAGACGAUGACUACGACAAUGAGUCUUCUCAUCUUCUUGUUGUAAAUGCUGAUCACCCACAAUGCCGGAUAUGCCUUGAUCUUGGAGGAGAAGACUUAAUUGCCCCCUGCCAUUGCAAAGGUACCCAAAAGUAUGUCCACAGAUCAUGUCUCGAUAAUUGGAGGUCUACCAAGGAGGGCUUUGCUUUUUCUCACUGUACUGAAUGCAGAGCUCUCUUCAUAAUUCGACCAAAUGUCCCUAAAGAUCGUUGGUGGUUGAGAUUGAAAUUUCAGUUUCUUGUUGCCAGAGAUCAUGCAUUCAUUUUCAUCAUUGUUCAACUCGUUGUUGCUUUCUUGGGAGUUCUUAUUUAUAAAUUCUAUGGAGAUGAACUUAGAGAAAUGUUUGGUUAUGAAGAACAUCCAUACGGAUUUUACACAAUGGCCGUUCUUGCCAUUAUUUUGGUGGGUUUGCUCUAUGGCUUCUUUAUAGCAAUAAUAUGUGGGCAAAGAAUCAAUGAACGCCACUACCAUGUUCUUGCCAAACAAGAAUUGACAAAGGAGUAUGUGGUAGAAGAUCGAGAACAUGUAAAGGACGUGCCCGAACUCGACCCCAGCCAUGUGACAGAACUAAGGAUGUUGGGCCUUUACUAGCCGGUAUAUGUAUAUCCCAUUCUUUCUUGUUUAAGUUUCCGGUCUUCCACUUUUAGAUGUUAAAUUAGAAACAUUCUAAAGAGAAAGGCAGACCAACGAAAAUAUAGGCAAAACCAUUAAAUGAUAUCUAUAAUUAAGUGGACUAUCUGUGAAAUCAGUCUCUUACAAAAUAUUAUGAUGUCAUUUGAUCCAUGUAGCAUACCCCACCUAGUGGAAAAAGAUUUGGUUGGUGUUGUUGUUGAUUUAAGUUUGAGACUUUGUGUACCUAUUAUCCUUUUAUGGAUAUGGACUUAUCUAUAGCAAUGCAUAGAAGGUAAAAGUCGCAUGCUUUUUUUCUCCCUAAUUUCACCAUAAAAGAAUAUGCAGUUGUCAAAGUCCCCAUUCAUCUACAUCAAAUAAUUUACACCAUUGUUACAUUCUUGCGCAUUAUGGAAUCAUGUUCUGUUA